GCAAGACCUCCCUCAGAUUGAUGCUAUUCUCGAGAUUUACAAUAACACACGGUGAAUAUUUUAGAGUGGAGAAUCUGCCAACGGAAUUUGUACAGAUACGGACGCCAAUACGUGCAUAAGAUCCACCAUGUCAGAUGGUCAGGAGUUCUGCCUGCGCUGGAACAAUUUCCACAGCAACUUCCACCUGUCGCUGGACGCUCUGCGUGGGGAUGAAACGUUCACGGACGUUACCAUAUCGUGCUCCGGCAAGCUGCUCAGGGCCCAUCGGGUCAUACUCUCCGCCUGCUCCUCACACUUCAAAGACAUCCUCAGGGCAAUACCGCCGCAGCAGCACCCGGUCAUCGUGUUGCCCACCGUCGAGUGGGAGGUGAUGCAGGCCAUCCUCGAGUUCAUGUACCAGGGCCAGGUGAACGUGCAGCAGGCGCAGCUGGGCGUCUUCCUGCAGGUGGCCGAGGCCUUCUCCAUCCAGGGUCUGGCCGACGAGGGAGACCAAGAGGAACGCCGAUAA